AUGCUCCAAAUCCCGGUCUUCAACCCGCCUCCGCCAUCCCCCUCCCCGCUUCCGUACUUCUACCAGCCGCCGAAGCGCGUAGCGGCGCCGCAGCCCGCGCAGCCGCAGAAGAAGCAGCAGCGCCGGAGGCGGCACAGAGUAUGGGACGACCUCCCCACGCCGAUCGUGUACGAGAAGUACGAACCGAAGGCGCCGGUAGCGGCGGGUGAGAAGGCGAGCCGGUCCGACGCGUUCACGGAGAUUCCGCUGAGCAAUCCCGUAAGCGAGGAGCCGAAAGCAAAUCCCUCAAAACUCGAGGAGUCGCUGAUUGUUCGCGCAUCUGACGCGUCGCUCUCAACCUCCUCCUUCUCGUCUUCGGGAAGUUCCGAUAUGCGCCUCUUCCCUAGUAGCAGCAGCUCUGAUAGUGGGCGCAGCGUGAGCAGCGCGAGCAGCGCAGGCAGCAGCGAGCGCGGCGCAGUGUACAGUUUGGGCCGGAAGCAGCGUAGCCACAGGGACGGGUGCGUGUGCGUCGUCGAUACCUCUCUCCUCUGGUCCUCCCUCGUCUCUUCACUCUUCCGCCCUUCUCUCCCCGCGCUCCCCGCGCCUUCCGCCGCAACCAGCGCCGCGCUUCCCGGACCAGCGGUCUACCCCGUGCUCCUUUCCUUGCAGUCGUCCACCGCCGAAAGCUCUGGCUAUGAUCUCACAUCACCUGCUCCUCGGGUGCCAAGCACAGACGCUGCCGAGCCGCAGGAGGGUCAGUACAUUCCUCCCAAGGAAUACAAGACCAUUGCAGUCAUCAACAGUCCAAAGCUCCUCCCAAGCACCGCCCUGCACGCCCAGUUCAUCACAGCCCGCCUCCGCAACGACCCUCGCCUGCCCUUUUCCACCUCUUUCCUGCUCCUCCCAAGCACCGCCCUGCACGCGCAGUUCAUCACCGCCCGCCUCCGCAACGACCUUUACCUGCGCCGGGCCUUCCGAGCCUCCGUGCUCCGGUUCUCCCCGAGCCUCGUCGUCACGCUCGGGGACCUCUUCCAGUCCGGAGCUGAUGCCACUUACCCCCUCUUUCGAGCAGAAGCUAGUCGUUACCACCACGUGUUUCAGACACACGACCCGUUUCUCGACCCGCACACCUGGGAGAGGCGGCGACGGCAGCAGAUGGAGCGAGAGAGAGGGAGGGAGAAGGAGAGGGAGAACAGGGAGGAGAGGGAAUCAAAGAAUGGCCAAGGAGGGGCUAAUGAGGAGGACCAAAGAGCGGCUGGCGUGGGGAGGAGCGUUUGGGAGUGGUGGGGGAAGUGGCAUCCGGGGGAGGGGGGAGUGAACGUGCACAUGCGGACGGAUUUGGCUCAAGUGGCGGGAGAGAGAGACGUGGGGUUCAGCAGCACACAGAGGCAGCAGCACGAGAACAAGGACGAGGAAGUGUAUACCGCCCCCUCCUCUUCUGCCCCUCUUCUGCGCCACCUCUUCUUCCCUAUCCCACCUCUGCCUCUUCCCCUGACUCACCUCCCCUCGUUCCAUCUGCUUAUCAGUGGGCAGUUCGCUUUGAGCGUGCGCUUUGAGCGGUAUGUGGGGGCGCUGAACUUCCACAACAAGGUGGGGGCGGUGCGGGUGGUGGGGAUAGCAGAACAGCCUCCCUCUGUGUCUCACCCCCCUUUUAUUCCCCUCCUCUUCUGCCUCUUCCCUGCUUGCCCAACCUCCCGGCAUCCCAUCAGCUGGCAGUACGUUUUGAGCGUUGGAGCGCUGAACUUCCAUGACAAGGUGGGGGCAGUGAGGGUGGUGGGCGCGGUGCGGGUGGUGGGUGCGGUGCGGGUGGUGGGCGCGGUGCGGGUGGUGGGGUUGAACGAACGGCCUCCCUCAGCGUCUCACCCUCCUCUUCUUCCCCUCCUCUCAUGCCUUUUGCUGCGUGCCACCUUCCAGCUGGCAGUGCGUUUUGAGCGGUAUGUUGGGGCGCUGAACUUCCACGACAAGCUGGCAGUGCGCUUUGAGCGGUAUGUUGGAGCGCUGAACUUCCACGACAAGGUGGGAGCGGUGAGGGUGGUGGGGGUGACUGAACGGCCUCCCCUUAGAGGUUUUUCCUCCCCUUCCGCCUCUUGCCCUGCCUGUUCCAUCCAUCAGCUGGCAAUGCGCUUCGAGCGGUAUGUAGGAGCGCUGAACUUCCACGACAAGGUGGGCGCGGUGAGGGUGGUGGGGGUGAACGGGUUGGCUCUGGACGGCCACAGGCAGCGCAACAACAGCACGAAGCAGCUGGAGGAGUUCCUGCAGAGCCUGCCAGACCAUGGUGAGAUGAUGUGCAUGUACUCCCUCAAGGUGGGGGCAGUGCGAGCAGAGAGGGUGGUGGGGGUGAACGGGUUGGCUCUGGACGGCCACUGGCAGCGCAACAACAGCACGAGGCAGCUGGAGGAGUUCCUGCAGAGCCUCCCAGAGCAUGGUGCCCAGGCGUCCUCACUCCCGCUCAUCCUCUUUUCACACCUGCCGCUCCACUCCCCCACCGACCUCCCCUGUGGAGCCAACCCACAAGGCCAAGCACUGGACUGGGACAAGGACGGGGAGGUUAGGUACCAGGAUGCCAUAUCAAAGGAAGGGUCCAACCACCUGCUUCAGCUGCUGAGACCGGCUCUGGUGGUGUCAGGCCAUGCAGAGGCAACCUGCUGGCAGCAGCGGCAGGUGGGGGGGACGCCCAGAGGGAACAGCAGCUCGGGUGCUGCUGCUUGGGACGUGGUCGAGCUGUCGCUCCCAACCUUCAACUUCAUCCACAGCACACACACCAUCACCGACCCGCCUGCAUUCCUGCUCGUCACCGUUCCCCUCGACCACCACCACCCUCACAGAAGCUCCAGCCAGCAGCAGGGGCAGCAGCAGAAACCAACGUUGGGAGCAGUGUCAGUGCACGUGCAGCUGUGUGUGCUGCCCACGCAGAUCCUCUUCCCUCCCUGGUACUUCCUCCUCUCGCUCCUCUCCUGCCUUGCCUUCCUCCUGCUGCCCUCACGAGGCGUCUCCUGGGCGUCCCUGGCAGCGCUGGCAGCGCGCGUGGCAGCAGCGAGCAGAGAGGCAUGGACACUCCCCAAGCUGAAAGCAGAUGGGGAUUGGGAGGGGGAGCUGGAGCCCAUGUUUGACACGGAUGGCAACAUGGUGCUUGUAAGGAGGGCGACUCCGAGACUUCCAGACACCAUGCCCUCUUCAGUCACAUCUGAUAGGAGACCUGGCGGGGCACAGCUAAGGGCAUCCCGGCAACAGGGGUCGCAUGAUUCGUUAAUGGACGCCGGUGGCAGCUCCGGCGUUCCUCGAAUCGGAUCAUUCACAGACGUCUCAAAAGACGGUGCUACAGCAUCUGGAGGUGGUGGUGGUGGUGAAUCAGGAGGCGAUGGGUUAAUGGCGACGCUUGCCAAGGGGGCGAACCUGACGCCCAAGAUUGCUUUUCUUCGCUUGCUACGGGCGAUAGGGCCGCUUACGCUGUUGGUGGGCAGUCAGCUUGCUUUGUAUUUGGGGCUUCUCGCAAAGGACUGGAGCUAG